AUGGCAGCAACCCGAAGUAUUAUUGUGACCGGCGGUGCCUCAGGGAUUGGACUCGGUAUAACCAAGCAUUUCAUCACAGAGCCAAAUACGCACAUUACGCUUGUCGAUAUAAACUCCACCACCGGCGCGCAAACGCUCGAGACCCUUCGCAAAGAAUUUCCUUCUGCAAAUGUCUCAUUCGAGCAGUGUGAUGUUUCCUCCUGGGAAAGUCAAGUCGAGGUUUUCAUGAAAGUCUUCGAUCAGCAAGGCCGGAUAGAUAUUGUAUUCGCCAAUGCCGGUAUAACAGAAAAGGGAACAUUGCUACCCGAGAGGGACGGUGAUGAAACUAAGGGGCCUGUUAAACCGGACCUAUCCACAUUGAAUGUGAAUCUGAUUGGGGUUCUGUACUCUGUCAAGCUCGCCACACAUUAUAUGUCCUUCAACCGGGACCCCACAACUCGGUCCAAGGGAUUGAUUGUCUGCACUGCCUCCAAUGCCGGUUUAUACCCAUUUGCAAUGGCACCGAUGUACGCAGCAACGAAGUCAGGUGUCAUCGGACUAGUCAGGUCGCUCGCAGAACCUCUAGAAUCGGAGAAAAUCCAGAUCAAUGCGCUUGCACCAGCUGUUAUUGAGACAAACAUCGCGCCAAGUAGUGCCUUGUUCAAGUCCAUGAUCCUGACACCAAUGUCGACGGCCACUAAUGCCGUUGCUCAAUUCGUGGCUGAUCCGUCGCUCACUGGUCGGGUGGCUGAGUUGCAUGGAGAACGUGUUACGUUUGCAGAGCCGCCGGCGUAUGUGGAUGAGGAUACUGGGAAGAACAUUGCGAUGUUUUCAAGCUUAGGGUACGCAUGA